CGCUGCGGAGGGGCGCGGGCGGCCACGCUGGGAUCUCCCUCCCGGUGUAAAGCGCACAGCCCCCUCCCGCCACCUAGGAGUUAGGCCGCCUCUGUCGCUGAAUGAUUGCGUCAUCGAGAGCGGAGAAAACUGCCCUCGCAUCCCUUUGACAUAUGAUGUACUUGCCAUGACGUCAUAGCCCUGAGAAGGUGGAAGUCGAGGUUGGCAGGAUUUGAGGACCUCAUGGAGUCCAGAGGGACCAAGAGAGAAGCUGGAGAGAUAGAGGUCGCUGAGCCUCGGAACAAGCUCCCCCGCCCAGCACCCUCCCUGCCCACGCACCCUGCCCUCUACUCUGGGCCCUUUCCUUUCUACCGGCGCCCUUCCGAAUUGGGCUGCUUCUCCCUGGAUGCACAGCGCCAGUACCAUGGAGAUGCUCGCGCUUUGCGGUACUACAGCCCACCUCCCACCAAUGGUCAAAGCCCCAACUUUGACCUCAGAGACGGAUACCCUGAUCGAUACCAGCCUCGGGACGAAGAGGUCCAAGAGAGGUUGGACCACCUGCUACGCUGGCUCCUGGCGCACCGAGGCCAGCUAGAGGGGGGUCCAGGCUGGCUGGCAGGGGCCAUAGUGACGUGGCGGGGGCACCUGACAAAACUGCUGACGACACCAUAUGAGCGGCAGGAAGGCUGGCAGCUGGCAGCCUCCCGCUUCCAGGGAACGCUCUACUUGAGUGAGGUAGAGACGCCAGCUGCUCGGGUUCAGAGGCUCACCCGGCCACCGCUGCUCCGGGAGCUUAUGUACAUGGGGUACAAAUUUGAGCAGUACAUGUGUGCAGACAAACCCGGAGUCUCCCCAGAUCCCUCUGGGGAGGUUAACACCAACGUAGCCUUCUGCUCUGUGCUACGCAGCCGCCUGGGAAACCACCCUCUUCUCUUUUCCGGGGAGGUGGACUGCACAGACCCCCAGGCCCCAUCCACACAGCCCCCCACCUGCUAUGUAGAGCUCAAGACCUCCAAGGAGAUGCACAGCCCUGGCCAAUGGAAGAGCUUCUACAGACACAAGCUCCUGAAAUGGUGGGCUCAGUCGUUCCUGCCAGGCGUCCCAAAUGUUGUCGCUGGCUUCCGUAACCCGGAGGGUUUUGUCUGUUCCCUGAAGACCUUUCCUACCAUGGAGAUGUUUGAAUAUGUCAGGAAUGACCGUGACGGCUGGAACCCCUCCGUGUGCAUGAACUUCUGCGCUGCCUUCCUUAGUUUCGCCCAGAACACAGUGGUUGAGGAUGACCCCAGGCUCGUCUACCUCUUCUCCUGGGAGCCUGGCGGCCCUGUCACAGUGUCUGAACACCGAGAUGCACCCCACGCCUUCCUGCCUCCAUGGGCAACCUGGGCACACCCACCUCCUCACCUUGCUGUCCUUGCGAGAUGGAAACUCUGAGAAGCUCCUCUUCAUCAUGUCCUCCACCCUGAGAGCAUCCACCCGCAGCAGGUUGAGGAUCAUGGUGUACGUGAGGCGGAACUGGGACUGCAGCUGAGAUGGCUUCCCCUGGGCCAGGCCAGAGACGCCAGUGAGACUCGGGGGUUGGGGGGAAACCCACUGCCCAGCUGCUCUGCUCCAAGCAGCUAUAGUCCCAGCCCUGCAACCUCGGGGCCCUAGACAAACUGCCUGCUCACCUCUGCAAAGCAAGGGAGCGAGACUAAAUAAACAGACUCUCCAAGGUCCCACCUAGCUCCAUAUUCACAGUGAAAAGACAAGAGAAGACGAGAUCCACCCUCAUCCUCAGAUUGGCUUGCUCCUCCCCUGGCUGCUCCCAGACCAAAGGAGAGGAGAGAGAGAGGAGAGGGGAGGAGAGUGGGCACCGAGGAUGCAGAGGGGCCCAGAGCUGGCCUCGAGGUGCCCCGGCUCACCAUCAUCAUGCGGUGCAGGUCCGCCAUCUCGGGCACGCGGCCCUUGCAGAGCAGGAUGACCGUGCCCGUGGGGUCCAGGCCCCUCCGGCCCGCCCGGCCCGCCAUCUGCACAUACUCCCCAGGGAGUAGGUCCCGGAAGGUGGAGCCAUCGUGCUUUCGCAUGGAAUCAAAUACCACCGUCCGGGCCGGCAUAUUUACACCCAUGGCGAAGGUCUCCGUGGCAAACAAGACCUGGGAUGGGGAGGGGAAGAGAGGAUCAGCUAAGGGGCUAAACACAGCUGUGGCGCAGCCCUGGCCAAGCCCACCCCACUUCGUAGUCAAGGCUAAGGCACUAGACAAUAGUCCCAGAUGGUUAACACACGAGAUCUCAUCUGACUCUCAAGGCAAAUCUACAGAGUAGGUACUGUUGUUUUAUUUAUUUAACUACCUAUUUCUUUCCUUUCACCCCCACAGCCCACUCCCGUCUCCCCUCUGUCAAUCUUUAAUGUGUAUCUUUUCAUGUGAAUGUGUUUUAUAAAAUGU